AUGUCUUGUCUCGGACGGCGUAACAAGGUCCUCGCUAUGACAUCGCCCAGGGAGGAAGCAGAAGCCUUUACCUAUGUUGAGUUUGGACCACCGCACCCCAAUGAUGUUAAUGCCAUCAAGUACCAUGACAAAAUCACAUCUACUGUUAGUACAGCAAUCAACGACCCAGUGGUAACGAAAUUUGGGACAUACGAAAUUCUCCGGCCCCUCACCCCAAAUUGCUCGCCAUCAUUCCAUAAGUACGGCAAGAACCCGCCGUCUCGGGUCCUCGAUCUCGGCUGCGAGGUACACAAUGUCGAAUGGGACAGGAGCAAUUUCGUGAAAGACUCGUUGCCGUACGCGGAAGAUUCCUUUGAUCUUGUCAGAAUGGCCAACUUGAGUCCCUGCAUCCCUCGGCAACAUUGGGAAUUCGUGUUCAGUGAAGUAUGGCGCAUCCUUGCGCCUGGCGGCCGGCUCGAGCUCAUCGAUGACGACCUGGAAUUCCCUACAAUUGCGCCGCCGCCAUUGUCUGUGCCACACCUCCAGAAGUCCCUCAACAGGCACUGUGUUAUUAUUGGGGCUGAAUGGCUAGCCGCUGCUGUCGGAGGAUCAGAUACGAGAUUACCUCUGGGACUACGAACGCCGAGGUUGGUUCCGCAGAAGCUGGAGCAAGAGGAUGAGGUACUGGAAGAGCUAUACCUCCUAGAGGCUGUCGGAGAAGCCAAUGGGACCAAGCAACCUAAUGAACAAGACAACACCGUCAUCCCGAGCGACCAUCUCCAUCUCGUGUGGGAGAACCAGUACACCAACCUCCUCGGUCUAGGGAUUGAUGAAGAAUCGAACACGUCGCUUGAACCUCUUGACCUCCCGGUUCUGAACUGA